UACAGCACUCCAGCCAGGCAGAUAAGGGAAAGACGGAGCCUGGGACGGGGACAGAGAGCAAGAGAAGAAAGAAGGAAAGAAAAAAAGAAAGAAAGCGCAAAGGGCUGGAGCUGGGGGCAGAAAGCAGGGCAGGGAGGUCGGAGGGAACGUGAAAGAGGAAAAAGAAAAAGUGAAGAACCCAAGCGCUCAAAAGGCCGAGGCCCCGGGCAGCUGAGAGAUAGGAGCCCGCUCCCCCCAUCUGCCAUGUCUGCCCCCCCGGCGCCAUGCGACCGCGUGACAGUGAACAUGGCCACGGAAGAGGUCCAGAUCCAGCUGUGCCCGGACCCACGGCUGGUGAGCACGGCCACGGGAGGCGUGGAAGGUGCCUGCCACCGCUGCCUCCUGCCCUUCAGCGUGGUGGCGACGCUGAUCGGGGUGGCGGUAACGACCCUGGCCUACUCCCGGGACGCCCACGGCUCGGUGCUGUGGGUGCUGGGGCUGGCCCUGCUGGGCGCUGGGGUGCUGGGCCUGGCCGGGAGUUACCUGGCCUACUGCUGCCGGGGCCGCAAGAUCAGGGGCUGGAGACGCGGCAGCUUCACCCUGCUGGUGGGGGACCCGCUGCAGAAGAAGAUGGUGGUGUGAGAGUUCGAUCCGGGCCAGUGUGGGGAUCCAGUCCGGGUUCUGCCUCCAUCCUGAGUCCGAUCCGACCCAGCAUGAGGAUCCAGGCUGGGUUCUGGAGCCACCCAGAGUCCCCUGGCUGAGCCAUCCCACCUCCUGCUGCAUGGGACCUGCCCUGUGUUGUGUGUCAUUGCCCCUGUACCACAAGUCACGCGGGAUUCGCCUUUAAACCCAACACUCCCUCACCCGACUCCUCUGCAUACAGACAUCACAGCCUCCAGCCCUGCCUCAGACUCCGGUUGCAGACCUCUUGCUGCAUGAACUACAUACCCAUGGGCCCAUCUAGCAUGGCAUCCCGCCUCCAGCAGCAACCAGCAUCUGCUGCUGUGGAGGAAAGGCAGGAGACACCUGCCCCAAUGGGCAGUAGUGGAAUAAUUCACCUGGAUACCAACUCCUGCCCUUGCUGAGAAUCCUGUGGCCAGGAGUUCCACAGG